UGUGUGGAGAGCGAGCGAGUAGCGUCAGCUGGUCGAAAAGUGCCUGGUUGAGAACAGUGCAUGUGUGCGUGCAAGUUUGCGUUUAUGUGUGUGUACGUGUGCAAGGAAAGCACCUCGGGGGAGAAAAGGGUGCAGGCGACAGAACAGCCGAGAGAGAGCGCAUAGAGGGAACGAGUUUUUAGGGAGGGAAUCAGUUUGUGUGGAGAUCCAGACGAAGACAGUCGAAGCGCGCCGAGUGCUGCUCCGCCGUGCGUCCCGGACACGAUUCUUGAGCUGCGUGCUGCCCUUUGAUUACCGUAAGCACUUUAGGUUAUUUGUUUGUAGUGUGAAGGGCAUAUGGUUUAACUCAGUGUGAGACACUCUUCAGCUUAAUGCACAUGGAUGCAGAGGAGGGUGCUGGUAAGACCAGAGGGUGUCAUUCCCUACAGAGGGAACACCAUGGCCUUAGCGGGAUGCCCUGACUACUUCUUGCGUCCCUCAAACUACCAGGAGAGCAUGGACCGCACUUCCUCUCGCAGGCCUGAGGAGCUGAUGGUUCCAGGCUUUCAGCGCUCAGCCAAUCAAAAUGUGCCACAUCACCAUGACGACGAUGUGGAUCUGGAGCAGCUAGUGAACGACAUGAACUCCUCCAUGGAGAGUGUGUACUCAACGCAGGCAGACACGGCGCUAAUCCUGAACAAUGGCCAUGUGCAUGCUCCACACCAACACCACCACCACAUGCACCAUGCCUACGCGGGACACGGCCAGUCCCACCGUCGUCACACCACGCCCUUGCUCCCUUCCUCCCCCUCCAGGGAGAAGCUGCGGCACUCUCAGCCCAUGCACAUCCAGGCCGUCAGGUGCCUGCAGGAAGAGCAUAGGCUGCGUCCAGCCUCCCUGCCUGCCAUCCCCAACCCUUUCCCUGAGCUCUGCAGCCCAGCAGGCUCCCCCGUGCUCAGCCCCAUACAGGCCUCCGACAACCACAUAGUGAAGGUGUGGAGUGAGGAUGGGGCCGGUAAAGUGGUGGAGAUCCCAGCAGACAUGACGGCCAGAGAUGUGUGUCAGCUCCUGGUCUACAAGAGCCACUGUCUGGACGACAACGCCUGGAGUCUGGUGGAGCACCACCCCGUCCUUGGCCUCGAAAGAUGUCUGGAGGACCACGAGCUGGUGGUUCAGGUUCAAGCCUCCAUGAGCAGCGACAGUAAAUUCCUCUUCAGAAAGAACUAUGCCAAAUAUGAAUUCUUCAGGAACCCCCUGAACUUUUUUCCGGAGCAGAUGGUGGCUUGGUGUCAGGAGUCUGAUGGCUCAAUCUCUCAGUCACAGCUCUUACAGAACUUUCUGAACUCCAGCAGCUGUCCAGAGAUCCAGGGCUAUCUGUACGUGAAGGAGCCUGGCCGCAGGUCCUGGAAGAAACUCUACAUGUUCCUGCGACGUUCCGGGCUCUACUACUCUACUAAAGGAACAUCCAAGGAGCCCCGACACCUGCAGCUACUGUCAGAUCUGGAGGACAGUAACAUCUUCACCAUCGUCACGGGAAGAAAGCUCCACAACGCUCCCACAGACUACCAGUUCUGCAUCAAGCCCAGCAAAGUGAGGAGCGACUGUAAGGAGCUUAAGAUGCUGUGUGCUGAGGACGAACAGAGCAGGACCUGCUGGAUGACUGCCUUCAGACUGCUUAAAUAUGGAAUAGUACUGUAUCAGAGCUACAACGUUCCCCAGCAGAGGAAGUCUAACCUCUCCCCUUUCUCAGCGCCUGUGCGGAGUGUAUCUGAGAAUUCCUUAGUCGCCAUGGACUUCUCCGGGCGGACUGGUCGCGUCAUCGACAACCCCGUCGAGGCCCAGAGCGCUGCCCUGGAGGAGGGACAGACCUGGAGGAAACGGAGCCAGCGCAUGAAUGUCCUGGGCAGUCCCAGCCCCCUGCACCCAUCCUCUCUGAGCACAGUGAUCCACAGGACACAGGUAUGGUUUCAUGGUCGCAUCAUGAGAGAAGAAGCCCACAAAAUGAUCAUUCAACAAGGCCAAGUAGACGGGUUAUUCCUGUUGCGGGACAGUCAGAGUAAUCCCAAGGCAUUUGUGCUCACCUUGUGCCACCACCAGAAGAUCAAGCACUUCCAGAUCCUACCGUGUGAGGAGGACGGUCAGGUGUUCUUCAGCCUUGACGAUGGCGCCACCAAGUUCACCGAUUUGAUCCACCUGGUGGAGUUUUACCAGCUCAACAGAGGAGUGCUCCCCAGCAAGCUCAAACACCCCUGCACCGCCGUGGCCUUGUGACACUCCAGACCCCCCAAUACCUCCACCCCCUUUUUUUGCACACCUCUCACCCAGAGAUCCCACCCCCAUCUGCCCCUCCCUCACCAACACAAUGAGGUUGAGGAGAAAGAGAAAAGUAAGUCAAGUUUUGGGGAUGUGAACAACUUGGGCCGGCACUGGAGGUUUAAUUUCCCCAAUGUGCCAGGGCUUUUCUCCGCCUUACCGCUGUUUGGAUGUCUGAAUGGGAACCGUUCGGAGAGCUAAAGCGUCGGAGAUUGUGGACCUAGCAGUCGGCCAACUUCUGCGAUGUUGUCAUGGAGACUGGAUUGUUUUGUCAUCGCCGUCUUUGACCCUAAAGAGACCAUGACGUUGUGAAAACACAAGACCGCUAAGGUCUGUUCAGCAGGAGUGGAUCCCUCCCUCAGAGUCCCUCACCCUUCAUCCCCCUCGACCUCCCUCAUCCUCCAGGCCUGAUAAGCUGUGGUGCCUGCCCCACCCUCGCCCCUUCACUACAGAGGUGGGCGGGGAGCGCCACCCUCUGACUUCCUCAUCGAUCAUCAGGGAUGGACGGGAACCUCUCUGGGUCUUAUCAAACUCGAUCCAGGAGUUUUCUCAACCUGUGCAGUCCAGUCUGGAUAAGCUGACACCCUGCCCCCCCUUCCUCCAACCCAACACCCGAGCGGACUUGACGUGGCCUCUCUGCUGUGUCCUGUCCCACAACCCCUUUUGGUGCAACCCCGAUCCCGCCUCUCCUCCUCCACAGAAGCUCAGAGAAACGUCGGGAGAGAAGUAGCUAAAGGCAAGAUAAGCAGAGCAGUGGCGAGGGUUUGCUGAAAGGACAGAGGAAUGUUUAUCAGGAAGGCUGUAACAAGCUUCCUUUGUAGAGUUGAUUACUUGAUGUCAUUUUAAUGCUUUUUUAUUACUGUUGAUUCAAUGCAGAACUAGUUUUGCACUCCCGGACGGACAGACGACAGUUGUUUUCUGUAGCUAAAUGAAGCUGCCUGCUCUCCGUUCCCCCCCAAACACUCCCCUGCCCCUCCCUUUCUGAAAAGCAUGCAUGUGAAUUUCCACCAGUUCUGAUUGGAUUACAGUGGCAUGGGAGCAAAGAGAGUUAGGGCUGAUUAUGCAGUGCCUUUCAAGGUUUGGGAACAUGUUUGACCAAUGUGUGGCUUGAACCAACAUGACCGUGCUGUGGUAAAAUGAGUAAAAGAAUGUGCUUCUCAAGACUGUGAGGAAGAGGAGGAAGACUCCUGAAAAGUGUGUCCACCCCCAAGCUUCAGCCAUUUUUCUGUUGUUUUUUUUUUUAAAUUGAAAGGGUUAAAUCUGUCGGUGAAUUUGUCUUUGAAUGUCAUAUUCUUUUCCUAAGUCUGUUCCUAACUCACUGCUUGCACAUUUUAAUUAUUGAUUUGAUAUUGAUGGGUUGGAGCUGUCAUGUUCAGAUUCUGACCACUGCUCCCUCACUCCAGAAAAGCAACAAAAGCACUCCAUAACUUGUUUUGUUUUGUUUUGUUUGUUCUAAUAUGGAAUUGAUCAAAUGACUUGAAAUGUGAACUUAAUUGUGCGUCAACACACAGUGGAAUGAGAUUCACUCGCCUUAAGUUAAAAUUGUGAGCCUUGUGUAUAAACUCAAAGCUAUAUUAUAAUGCACAUACAGUACCAUAUUUCAGAUUUCAAGAAGAUGGCAUAACAUACUGUAAAGAGUAUUGAAGAUUAUGGUCAAUGGAUAGUUAAACACUUCCUUUUCACUUUCUUGCUGAGAGUUAGAAGGGAAGAUAGAUACCACUCUCAUGUCUGUACGCUGGAUAUGAAGCUACA